AUGAUCUGCCUUUCAUCUGCUUCACUUUCACUACCCAAACAAUAUCGCCCUUUCGUAUCGACUCCUCCAAUUCCACGUCGAAAGAGAAGCAACCUACUCAUCUCUCGAUCGAGCAAUGAUUCAGACGAGGAUUACUUGUUGGAUGCUCCGGAAUCAAUCGGAGACGGGUUUUCUUUCAGUGGAGGGAAAUAUUCGGAUCAGCCGAGCCCGGCUGAAGAAUGGUUCAAGCAAGGAAAGAUUGUGAAAGCACACCCAGUUGGUGGCAGUGGUGAGAAGGCAAAGGAUCCGAUUUUCGGACUCGCUAUGGCUGGCUCGUCACAGGCAUCAAGUGAUCUGUUCAGAUGGUUUUGCGUCGAAAGUGGGAGACUCGGAGACCCAACAGUUUUUCUAAUUCACGGUUUCCCAUCACAGGCAUAUUCAUUUCGCAAAGUUCUACCAAUUCUGUCUAAGAACAAUAAUCAUGCAAUUGCUUUUGAUUGGCUGGGAUUCGGAUUUUCGGAUAAACCACAACCCAAGUACGGGUUUGACUACACUCUUAAAGAAUUCGUCGAGUCCUUGGCAUCGGUCGUCAAUGGAAUCUCUAAAGAUAAAGUUUCUUUUGUCGUGCAGGGGUACUUUUCACCUGUUGUGGUCAAGUAUGCUAAAGACCAUCAAGAAAAGAUCGAUAACCUCAUCCUGCUAAAUCCUCCGCUGACAGCCAAACACGCAAACUUGCCGUCAGCUCUUGCACAAUUCAGCAACUUUUUGCUCGGGGAAAUAUUUUGUCAGGACCCUCUAAGGGCGAGCGAUAAAGCAUUGACAAGUUGUGGCCCUUACAAGAUGAAGGAAGACGUUGCAAUGGUUUACAGACGACCAUAUCUCACUUCUGGCUCUUCCGGAUUUGCUCUCAAUGCGAUUAGUCGCUCUAUGAAAAAGGAACUAAAGGCAUAUGGUGAGGAGAUGAGAAGAGUACUUAUGGACGAGAAUUGGAAAGUCCCGACUACGGUUUGUUGGGGUCAAAGGGACCGAUGGUUAAGUUUCGAAGGCGUUGAGGACUUUUGCAAGGAAUCCAAGCAUCAACUCAUCACUCUUCCAAUGGCAGGGCAUCAUGUGCAAGAGGAUUGUAGCGAGGAAGUUGGGAAUCUCAUUGCAGGAAUCUUGAGCAAAAGAAAACGUUGA